AUGUCAACAAUUGAGCAGAGUAACAAAGCUCAUAGAAAGACUAAAGAGAAAAAUACUGCCAAAAAGAAGCUUCACACUCAAGGUCACAAUGCUAAAGCCUUUGCUGUUGCCGCUCCUGGUAAGAUGGCUAGGACUAUGCAACGUUCAAGUGAUGUUAAUGAAAGGAAAUUACAUGUUCCUAUGAUUAACCGUACACCAGAUGAUGAUCCUCCUCCAGUUAUUGUAGCCGUAGUUGGACCACCGGGCACUGGUAAAACUACUUUGAUUAAGUCUUUAAUUAGAAGAUUGGCCAAGACUACCCUAUCUGAAAUUAAUGGUCCUGUUACUGUUGUUUCUGGUAAGCGUAGAAGAUUAACAUUUAUUGAGUGUCCAGCUGAUGAUUUGAACUCUAUGGUUGAUAUAGCUAAAAUUGCAGAUUUAGUAUUGUUAUUGAUAGAUGGUAAUUUUGGUUUCGAAAUGGAAACUAUGGAAUUUUUAAACAUAGCACAACACCAUGGUAUGCCUCGUGUUUUAGGUGUCACUACUCAUUUGGAUUUAUUCAAAUCUCAAUCAACACUAAGAGCCUCUAAAAAAAGAUUAAAGCACAGAUUUUGGACUGAAGUUUACCAAGGUGCCAAAUUAUUCUAUUUAUCAGGUGUCAUAAAUGGUCGUUAUCCAGAUCGUGAAAUUUUAAAUUUAGCAAGGUUUAUCUCUGUUAUGAAAUUUAGACCGUUAAAAUGGAGAAAUGAACAUCCUUAUUUAUUAGCUGAUCGUUUUACUGAUUUAACACACCCUGAAUUAAUCGAAAAAGAAGGUAUCCAAGUUGAUCGUAAAGUAGCCUUAUAUGGGUACUUGCAUGGUACCCCAUUACCAUCAGCUCCAGGUACAAGAGUUCAUAUCCCUGGUAUUGGUGAUUUUUCUGUGGCCCAAGUUGAAAAGCUACCAGAUCCUUGUCCAACUCCAUAUUUCCAGCAAAAAUUGGAUGAGUAUGAACGUGAAAAAAUGAAAGAAGAAGGAUCUGCCGCUAAGACAACUACUAGAAGGAGAAAGAGAUUGGAUGAUAAAGAUAAGAUCAUAUAUGCACCAAUGUCUGAUGUUGGUGGUGUUUUAGUCGAUAAAGAUGCAGUGUAUAUAGAUGUCGGUAAGAAAAAUGAAGGGCCAAGUUUUGUUCCAGGUGAAGAAAAGGGUGAAGGUGAAAAAUUAGUAACUAGUUUACAAGCCGCUGAAAAAAGUAUUGCUGAAAAAUUUGAUGGUGUCGGUUUACAAUUAUUUAGUUCAAGUAAAGAAAUUCACUCAGUAGAAAACGAUGAUGAUGAGGAGGAGGAAGACGAAGAGGAGGAUGAAUCCAAUGCUAAGAAUACUGGUAGAUCUUCUUUAAGACGCCCUAAAAUACAUGGCAAAUCUGUUCAAGAAGCUGACGCAGAUGUUGAUAAUUUACCAAGUGACGAUGAAGAAGACCUUAGCCAGGAUAGGGAACCUGAUACUGUUGAAAUUGAUUUCGGUGAAUCAAAUAGAAAUGAGAAAUUAGCUUUAGAAACUGAUUCUGAAUUUGAAUUAAGUGACCAUGACAACGAAUCUUGGCAACGUAAUUCUGCUAGUAAAUUAAAGGCUCUCAACGGAGACCGUAGAAGAUGGGAUAUCGCUAAACUUAUUUACAUGAACAAUAUUUCUCCUAAUGAUUGUAUUAAAAGAUGGAAGGGAGAAGACGUAGACGAAGACCACGAAAGUGAAAUUGAAGAAGAAGAAGAAGAUUUCUUCCAAAAAAGAAAUGGCACUGCUUCUAAUGAAAAAGAUGCCCAUGAAGGUGAUUUAGAAACAUUUAAACCAUAUUUUGAAACAUUAGAUAGAUUAAUGCAAAAGUGGAAAAAAACAGAUUUACUUAAGGAUAGAUUUAUUGGUAAGCCAGCAUUUAGUAAUGAGGAUGACGCAGCUGCUGAAGAAAAUAAUGAUGAUGACGAAGAAGUAUAUGGUGACUUUGAAGAUUUGGAAGCUGCAGGCGAUGAUGCUUCUGAAAUUAAUAAUAACGAUGGAGAGAGUGAAAAUGGUGAAGAUGAAGCCAACGAUAGUGAUGAUUCUUUUGCUGAUUUUGACAAAGAAGAAGUAAAAGAUAUGACAGUUAGCGAAGAACGUGAAAUGAAUGCCAGCAAGAAAGAAAAAUUACGUUUACAAUUCGAAUUAGAAGAGGGUGAAAAUUUCAAAGAAGACGAUCCCGAUAACGAAUAUGAUACUUGGUAUGAAUUACAAAAAGCUAAAAUUGCUAAACAACUGGAUAUUAAUAAUACAGUCUAUGAAAAUAUGACAUUAGAACAAAGACAAAAAAUUGAAGGGUUUAAAGCUGGUUCAUAUGUUAGAAUUGUUUUCGAAAAAGUUCCAAUGGAGUUUAUCGAAAAUUUUGAUCCAAAAUAUCCAAUUGUUGUUGGUGGUCUAUUACCUACAGAAAUGAAGUUUGGUAUUAUUAAUGCAAGACUUAGAAGACAUCGUUGGCACAAGAAAAUCUUAAAAACUAAUGAUCCGCUAGUUUUAUCCUUAGGUUGGAGAAGAUUCCAAACACUGCCUGUUUAUACCACAAGCGAUUCUAGAACAAGAAAUAGAUUAUUGAAGUAUACACCAGAACAUACCUACUGUACGGCUAGUUUCUACGGUCCCUUAUGUUCUCCAAAUACUCCAUUUGUUGGUAUUCAAAUCGUUGCUAAUAGUGAUACUACAGGUAAUUUCAGAAUUGCUGCCACUGGUAUUGUUGAAGAAAUUGAUGCCACAGUGGAAAUUGUGAAGAAAUUGAAAUUAAUAGGUUAUCCAUAUAAAAUUUUCAAAAAUACAGCAUUCAUCAAGGAUAUGUUUUCAAGUGCUAUGGAAGUUGCAAGAUUUGAAGGUGCACAAAUUAAAACGGUUUCAGGUAUUCGUGGUGAAAUUAAGAGAGCAUUAUCGAAACCUGAAGGUCAUUUCAGAGCCACUUUUGAAGAUAAAAUUUUAUUAAGUGAUAUUGUUAUAUUGAGAUCGUGGUAUCCUGUUCAUAUUAAACGUUUCUACAAUCCAGUUACAUCAUUAUUAAUGAAGCAAAAGACUGAAUGGAAAGGUGUUAGGUUGACAGGUCAAAUUAGAGCAGAAAAGGGCAUAGCAACACCACUGAACCCUGAUAGUGCCUAUAAGAAGGUUGAACGUGUAACCAGGCAUUUCAAUGGGUUAAAGGUUCCUAAAUCUAUUAGGGAAGAUUUACCAUACAAAUCUCAAAUUGUUCAAAUGAAACCACGCAAGGAUAAAACUUAUUUACAAAAGAGAGCUGUUGUUUUAGGUGGUGAAGAAAAGAAAGCAAGAGCAUUUAUGCAUAAUAUUUUAACGUUAUCUAAAGAUAAAGAGAAUAAGAGGAAAGAUAAGAAAUCCGAACAAAGAAAGGAAAGAUUAAAGAAGUUAGCCAAAUUGGAAGAAUCCAAAGUCCAAAAGGAUAAGGAGAAGAAGAAAGAAUAUUUUGCCAAGAAUGGUAGAAAGAGAUCAGCUAGUGAUGAUGCUGGUGGGUCUCGUAAAAGAAGAUAA